AUGGGUGGCGAUGAAGUGAUUUUGUUGAAUUACUGGAUGAGCAUGUUUGGAGCUAGGGUUAGAAUUGCACUGGAAGAGAAGGGGCUUAAUUAUGAGUACAGGGAAGAAGAUUUGCAAAACAAGUCUCCACUGCUCCUGCAAAUGAACCCGGUUCACAAGAAAAUCCCAGUCUUGAUUCACAAUGGAAAACCAAUUUGUGAAUCAAAUAUUAUAGUUCAAUACAUUGAUGAGUUUUGGAAUGAUAAAGCUCCACUUCUGCCCUCUGAUCCUUAUGAAAAAGCUCAAGCAAGGUUUUGGGCUGAUUACAUUGACAAAAAGUUAUAUGAUUCUGGGGGGAAGAUAACAUGGUAUAAGAACAAAGAAGAUGCAGAAGAGGGCAAGAAAGAACUGCUAGAAAUCUUCAAAGCGUUAGAAGGAGCAUUGGGGGACAAGCCUUAUUUUGGAGGUGAAAACUUUGGAUAUGUGGAUAUUUCUCUUAUUGGAUUCUACAUGCGGUUUCAUGCCUAUGAAACCAUUGCCAAUUUUAGUAUAGAGGCUGAACGUCCUAAGCUAAUGGCAUGGGUCAAGAGGUGCUUAGAGAGGAAGUCUGUUGCCAAGUCUCUUAGUGAUCCCAAAACUGUCUAUGAAACAGUGCUCAAGUUCAGAAAGAUUAGGGGUUUGGAUUAG